AAGAUCAUUCAAGCUCUCCAAAUUUUAUUAUAGAAUUUACUUUCACUACAGUGCGAAUUUCAUUAAUAUUAAUAAGUGGAAGAGUGCAUGUCAUUCAUUAUAUCAAUGACAUUAAGGAUUCAGAGAUCAUUAAUAACUACGUUUACGUACAACUUAUACACGUAAUAAAAUUAUGUAAUAGAAUGUACGAUUUUCAUUGGAAACACAGGUCAUUACGAUGUCAAUAACAAAUGGAAUUUACAUUUCAAUAUUUGCUAUUGCGAUUAACAAAGAAAUUUCCAAGUAAGAAAGCAUGCUGAGCACAGAAGUGCAGAUUUUAAAUAAUUUAUGAAUGGAUAUACAAUCUUGAAAGAGUUGUAUUAUUAGUUAAUUUAAAUAUGAAUUUGUUUCUUCUUCCUAAAGAAAAUACAUUAAUAUAAAUUAUAGUGUAACUUGCUUUCUCAUAACAUUUCUUUUUAACUCCUCCUUAUUUCUUGUAUUCAAAUUCUUGUAUUUUGACAACCAUAAAUAAACUGUAUGCAAUAAAGGGUUAAUAGCAUAGAUGAGUAUACAAAAUUUGAAACAACGAUUUCCUCAAAGCACAGCAUGAUUCAUAGAAUUGACUUGAGAUUUCUGAUCAUAAGGAAGUUUCCUAAUUUCAUCAAGGCUCUGCGCUGUCGGUAUCUGUUAGGGAAAAAGAGGCAGGAAAGGAAAACCAGUCGCGUACUGAGAAAUCCCAGUGAACAAAUGAGCCGAAGGUAGUUCACACGCAACGAUCUUGUCCUUGGCCCGCGGGGAUUAAUACGUAUAAAGGAAACUGUACGAGCACCUCGGGACCAGACAGAAGAGAACCUCGAUGCGCACCAUGCCGGUUAAUGAGGAUACUUUGAGCAAUUCCGGUGAACAGCCAGUGUCUCCACUUGGAAAUAAUUGUCUGAAGACAGUCUGUGUCAACGGUCUGCAAAACAACUUUGGUCAUGCAUCCUCUGGUGAUGAAGACGAAUGCCGGAAUGGUCGUUCAGGUGUCAUCGUCAACGGAAACGUCAAAGAAGAUUUCCAUUACAAAAGCUUGCCAGACAGACAGGUCCAUGAGAAGUUCAUGAAGAGCUUCAUUGAUAUGCUUCUGGAAGAUGCAAUUUUUAAGGGAACUUCAAGAGAGAAUCAAGUGGUGGAGUGGAUGGAGCCAGCUGCACUUCAUUCAGCAGUCGACCUGAAACUCUCUGAUCAAGGGGUGUCUCAUAAGGAACUUCUCUCCCUUGCUCGAAACGUGAUCAAGUACAGUGUGAAAACAGGGCAUCCUCGAUUUGUAAAUCAACUAUACUCCAGCGUGGACCCGUAUGGUCUCUUGGGACAGUGGUUAACAGAUGCUUUGAACCCCUCGGUUUAUACAUACGAAGUGUCUCCGGUGUUCUCCUUAAUGGAGGAAGAAUUGUUGUGUGAGAUGAGGAAGGUCGUUGGCUGGAAAGACGGCAGAGGAGAAGGCUUAUUUUGUCCAGGUGGCUCCAUCGCUAAUGGUUACGCUAUCAACCUGGCACGUCAAUACAGAUUUCCUCAGCUAAAGGAACUGGGCCUGUGCAGUGGUGGCAAAUUAAUAGUUUUCACGUCCAGGGAUGCUCAUUAUUCAGUGAAAAAACUUAGUGCGUUUCUGGGUAUAGGUACCAACAACGUUUAUGAAGUGAAGACAGAUGCCAGAGGAAAAAUGUGUGUAUCAGACCUAGAAGCUCAGAUCAAAAGAGCCCUCGAGGAGAAUGCAGUUCCACUCAUGGUCUCCGCCACAGCAGGAACAACAGUUUUAGGGGCUUAUGAUCCUCUGCGAGACAUAGCCGCUUGCUGCAAAAAAUAUAAUUUAUGGUUUCAUGUUGAUGCAGCUUGGGGAGGUGGAGCAUUAAUGUCUAGGAAGCAUAGGUAUCUGUUAGAUGGUAUUGAGUUAGCUGAUUCUGUUACCUGGAAUCCUCAUAAGCUGUUGGCCGCGCCACAACAAUGCUCCACGUUGUUAUUGCGCCAUGAAGGCUUCCUGCAGGCUGCACACGGUCUGAGAGCUAGUUACCUCUUUCAGUCAGACAAAUUCUAUGACACCUCCUUUGACACCGGUGACAAACACGUGCAGUGUGGUCGUAGAGCAGACGUAUUAAAAUUCUGGUUCAUGUGGAAAGCUAAAGGUACUCGAGGUCUUGAGAAGCACGUGGACCAUGUCUUCGAGUUAGCACGGUACUUCACAGAAUACAUAAGACACAGAGACGGCUUCAAGUUGGUCAUUGAACCUGAAUGUACGAACGUGUGCUUCUGGUACGUGCCACCUUCAAAGCGUCAUUUACAGGGCGAGGAGUUGUCGAAAGUUCUCCAGAAAACUGGGCCAACUGUAAAGGAGCGUAUGGUGAAGAAGGGAUCAAUGUUAAUCACUUAUCAACCGCUGCGUGAACUGCCUAAUUUCUUUAGGCUGGUUCUGCAAAAUUCUGGACUGACUGAAGCCGAUAUGAGAUUCUUUGCAGAGGAGAUCGAGAGACUCGCCAGCGAUUUAUAGAAUAAUUCGUCCAUUUUAGUAGCGCUGUUUGUAAAAAUGUGUAGUUAAAUUGAAGUGCUGUAAAAAAUAUAACAUAAUUCCGCCAUAGGAAUUUAAUAAAUAACACAGAGUUUUUGUUAACAGAAGCAUUCAAAAAAAUAUUUUUUAAUGAACUAAUUGUAUAGAGUACAGUGGUUCGUUUUCUCAUUCAGAGUUUAAAGAUUUAUUUUUUAUCUGUUUCGUUCUAAAUCGUAUUGAGCUUUCUUUUUAAGGUGAGAAAUAUUUCAACGCAGACGCAUAAAAACGGUAUGGUUUUAAAAAGGGCAUACAACUGAUCAUAUUGUCACUGUAUAUCUAUAUAGGAUAUAUGAAUAUUUUAUGUUUCUAAUCUCAUUUAAAACUUUUCUGAAAUUGGAUUAGUUAAUGGGGAUCUUAGAUAAACAUCGGGUACUUGAACUCUGGUGGGUGAAUUUUAUCGCAUAUACAUGAUUCGUAUAUAAUAUAAACACUAAAUUCUUUUUUAUUUGCCUACACGUUUUGUUACAUAAUGUGCCCGUGACACAGGAAAGUUACAAGCUUCGUACCCGAUUUAUCCUGACUGAAAACACCAUUGUGAGUAUUAUAAAAACAUAAUUCAACUUGUUACUAUCACAAUUUACUAUGAGACACACGCAUAAACACCCACCAUACAUUUAAAAAAAA